AUGGCUUUUGUCAGUGCUGUUACCGGCGAUGACUCCACGAAGAAAUUCAUGGAUGUCUUACAAAAUGAUUUCAAAACUCUCAGCUUAGAAACCAAGAAAAAAUAUCCUCAGAUAAGAGAGGCAUGUGAUGAAGCCAUAGAAAAACUAGCUUUGGCAUCAAACAAUCCACAAGCCUCUCUGUAUGGUGUUGUUAACCAAAUUCUGUAUCCGUUAGUCCAAGGGUGUGAAUCAAAAGAUGUCAAGAUUAUUAAGUUCUGUCUCGGAACUAUUCAGCGAUUGAUAGCCCAGCAGGGAAUAGAUGCAAAAGGUGCUCGGCAUAUAGUAGACUGUCUGUUCAAUCUCGGCCACUCGGGAAUGUUGGAAUUAAAGUUAUUACAGACAGCAGCUUUAUUAAUGACCACAUCCGAUCUGGUUCACGGAGACACCUUGGCCAGGACUAUGGUCCUCUGUAUACGAAUGGUUUCAACUACGGAGACUCGAGAUAUUAGUACGAGUCAUGCCGCUGUGGCCACAGUACGACAGCUUGUAGCACUCGUCUUUGAAAGAGCUUUGGCUGAAGCUAAUGGAACAUUAAAAGUAAAUCCAGCAGAUGUGAGAAUACAAGCAAACUGCAAAGCACCGAAAGAUUUAAAACCAUGUGCAGUUGAUGCAUAUCUUAUACUCCAAGAUAUAAUACAAUUGAUAAAUGGUGAUGCUGCUAACUGGCUUGUGGGAAUAUCAGAUGUACCAAAAACAUUUGGAUUAGAGCUCCUCGAUACAGUAUUAACAGAUUUUUCUGAUGUUUUCUUUAAGAUAUCAGAAUUCCGUUUCCUAUUGAAGGAGCAUGUGUGCGCGUUAAUUAUAAGAUUGUUUUCGCCUAAUGUUAAGUAUCGGGCUGCCUUCCCGUCUCCCCACAUCCCGGGCGGCGGCGCGGCCCCAGGGGCGGAGCGCCCUCAUUUCCCAGUGACCAUGCGACUGCUGCGUCUCGUGUCAGUCAUCGUACAUAAAUAUCACGACGUACUGAUGACCGAGUGCGAGAUCUUCCUAUCUCUGAGCAUCAAGUUCCUUGACCCUGAUAAACCAUUAUGGCAGAGGGCGCUGGCUUUGGAGGUUCUACAUCGGAUGACCGUACAGCCUGAUCUACUGAAAGCGUUUUGCGAAUGCUAUGACAUGAAGCCGCACGCGACCAAUAUAUUUCAAGACAUAGUGAACGCUCUUGGGGCGUAUGUGCAGAGUCUAUUCGUUGCGUCGCAAGUCAAUACUUCAGCUGGGUCAUCGAGUAUUCCUCAACAAGCCGGGUUCUACUGGAAGGGAGUAUGGUUGCCGCUGUGUGUGACCUUCGAACCUGGUGUCGCGAAAUCUGUAUAUAUAGAGAUGUUGGACCGCACGGAGGCGCCCACCAUUCAAGAGGGUUACGGCAUCUCGGUCGCUUACGCCUGCCUCGUGGAGAUCAUACGGUCUAUAGCUAUCACGAUUGAGGGGGAGGAGUACUUUAGACUUCAAGAACUCUACGACGAUACACAAAACGACGAAGAGAAAGAGAUUAAUUCGAAUAAGACAAGUAAUAACAAUACGAAAGAUACGAGUACUAAAGCGGACAGUAAGGAAUUAACUAACAACGGUCUUUCCACCGCCGACCAAAACUCUAAUGUGAUGAAGAUACAAGCAGAUGAUGAAGACAAGGAGAGACAGCUGAAGUUACAGCUGAUCAAAUCGUCGUGGUGUGGUCUUGUGUGGGGCCUGUCUGUGUUAGCUGAAGCCAGCAUCGGAGAAUUGGAGCACGUGCUGCGCGCGGUACAGACGCUGGCUAGAGUUAGUGGAAAGAUGGGCGUCACCAACGCCCGUGACGCAUGCGUGGGCGCACUAUGUCGGUGUGCGUUGCCCGCGCAGUACUGUGUGCCCGUGCUAGGCGCCCUGGCCGCCCUGGCCUGUCCGUGGCCGGGAGCGCGACCCCCAGCCCCCGCGCCGGACCUCCGACACCACGUGGUGUGGGUUGGAACCCCGCUGCCAUGCUCUCAGCCGACAGGUCAGCAGCAGUCGUUCGUGAUGGUGACGUCACGCCACGUGUCCGCCCUCCGCGCGCUGCUGACGGCUGCUGCUCGGGACGGGGACGCCCUGCAGCACGCCUGGCUGCCGGUACUGACCACGUUGCAGCAUCUGGUGUGGAUCCUGGGUCUAAAGCCAUCUACCGGCGGUAGUAUGAAGGCGAGUCGGGCGAGCGCUGACGCUAACGCUGUCAUGAGCACGUCCGCGGUCAUGGCAGACCUGCCCGGUCAACAAGUCCCCGUGGCGGAGUCGCUGGGUGUGAUGAGCGCGUUGUCGGCCAUGUUGUCGCGUGUUUUCGAAGCAUCAAAGAACUUGGAUGACGUGGCCCUGCAUCAUCUGAUAGACGCGUUAUGCAAGCUGUCCAAUGAAGCGAUGGAGUUAGCUUAUUCUAAUAGGGAGCCGUCCCUUUUUGCUGUGGCUAAGUUAUUGGAGACAGGUCUGGCUAACAUGCACCGCAUAGAGGUCAUGUGGAGACCAAUCACUAAUCACCUUCUGGAGGUGUGCCAGCAUCCUCAUAUCAGGAUGCGUGAGUGGGGGGUGGAGGCUAUCACGUACUUGGUGCAAGCGGCCUUUCAAUAUCAUCACAACCACCCUGAACUCGUCACUGAGGCCCGCGAGCGUCUAGUGCUGGAACCUCUGGGCGAGCUGUGUUCCGUACGUCACUGUGACGUGCGGGCCAGGCAGCUAGAGUGUGCUGCCAGACUGCUGCACUCCAGGGGCGACCAACUGGGGGCCGCCUGGCCGCUCAUGAUGGAGAUCAUAUCGGCUAUCGGCGACCAUCACAGUGAGCAGCUGGUCCGCUCAGCGUUCCAAUGCGCCCAGCUGGUAGCGGGCGACCUGCUGGGCUGUGCAGGUCCCAGGUGUCUGCGCCGAGUGCUGGCAGCUGCGGCCGCCUUCGCCAGGCAAACCAAGGAGCUGAAUAUUAGUCUUACAGCUGUUGGACUGAUGUGGAAUAUUUCCGACUAUUUGUACCACAACCGUGACAAGUUAUCAGCGGCCCUCGUGAAUGAGUCGGUGCCAGACGUGCAGCCCGACCUACCGCCGCUAGACAGACUGUGGAUGUGUCUAUACAUACGACUCAGCGAGCUAUGCACGGAGCCCCGCGCGCCAGUCCGCCGCGCGGCCAGCCAGACCCUGUUCAGCUGUAUCGGCGCGCACGGCUCGCUCCUGUCCCGCCCCGCCUGGCGCUCCCUGCUGGCCGUGCUGUUCCCCAUGCUGGACCAGGUGCGGAGACACUCAGACGUGGCCAGCUGCGAGAAGGUUGACACCGGUGAACACAUACUGAUACACCACACGAGGAACACGGCGCAGAAACAGUGGGCGGAGACACAGGUGUUAACAUUAUCGGGUGUAUCCCGAGUGUUCCACUCCAGGUUCCAGCUGUUAAUGACUGUGGGAGACUUCAUUCGCUCCUGGGUCGCUCUACUAGACUACAUCACAGAUUUCGCACUGAGGCGAAGUCAUGAGGUGUCCGUAGCAGCUCUCAAGUCAUUCCAGGAGGUUGUCUCAGCAGCAGGUCGUGCGGAGGGCGACGUCCCGCGCCGCGUGUGGUCGGCCGCCUGGAACGCCUGGACAGCCAUCGCUACGGGACUCGCGACAACACCUGGGUGUGCGGACGACAAGCCGGCGGAGGUGUUCUCUCCGUCCCUCAACUUCCUCACCACCCUCGUACAGAUCUUCCCUCUCAUCUUCCAACACAUACGACCCACAUUCACCGCUGCGGAUGUCGAGAAGCUUGGAUCAUGUUUGUCCACUGUGUGUAGCGUGGAGCCCUCGGCCUCCGCCCUCGACAGCAUGGGGGCCGCGGCACCCGUCAGUCUACACGCGCUACACUGUUUAGAUACAGUACAUAAGGAGGCGUUAGUCCGUCACGAGUUACUCCCGGCCAUGUUCGGCGGGCUCACGUCCCUGGCGGGCGCGUGCUCCGACCAGCCGUCCGCGGCUGUGCGCUGCCUGGCCGCCGCCGCCAACCUGUAUCGGGCGGCGCCCGCACCCAGCGCGCACCACCUGCCCGCACUCAUGAAGGCGUUACAUUCGGCUGUCCGUCUGUGUCCUGAACGACGCCGCAGCGAGCGAGACAGGGAGGGAGGGGAUGAACCGGCGCACACUACCGCCCUCUUGUUACAGGUGCUAGCGACGGGACUGCCUCUAGCUCGGGAGAAUCCAGAUGAUUACAGUGAAUUCUGGGAGAUGCUGCCCGAAGUACUGGAGACGUUCAUGU